AUGACCAACUCAAGUGCGAUUACGACUUUUCUUCUUCUGGGUUUUUCUGACACUUGGGAGCAAAAUGUAUUGUACUUCAUUCUUUUAUUAGUGAUUUACUUGGCAGCCUUGAUGGCAAACUUUCUCAUCAUUUCAGCUGUUUCCCUGGACCAACAGCUGCAUACUCCCAUGUACUUUUUCUUGGUGAAUUUAUCAGUUGUCGAUCUUGGAUCCAUAUCUGUCACCAUCCCAAAUGCCAUGAUUAAUUCUAUCUUGAACACGAGGGAGAUUUCCUACUCUGGCUGCGUAGCGCAAGUGUAUUCCUUGUUCUUUUUCUUGAUCUCAGACUUGUUCCUCCUCACAGGCAUGGCCUAUGAUAGAUAUGUCGCCAUCUGUGACCCACUACACUAUGAGACAUUAAUGGAUAGAAAAGCCUGCAUCAAGAUGGCAGCCAGCGCAUGGGUUGCUGGUCUUCUUUACUCAGGCUUACACACCGGCAGCACUUUUGCUAUCACCUUCUGUUCCAAUGUCAUCAAUCAGUUCUUCUGUGAGAUCCCACAGCUGCUGAAAGUAUCUUGUGACAAUUUGUAUCUCAUUGAAGUUGGAGUUGUUGUUUUCAGCGCAUUUAUAGUCUUCUCUUGUUUUGGUUUCAUAAUUGUUUCAUAUGUGCACAUUUUCAAGUCAGUGCUCAGAAUCCCCACCACCCAGGGAAGGAACAAAGCCUUCUCGACAUGUGUCCCCCACCUUAUUGUGGUCUCUUUGUUUAUCAGCACUGGAAGCUUUGCCUACCUUAAGCCAAAUUCACGAUCCCCUUCAGAUCUGGAUCUGGUGGUUGCUGUAUUGUAUUCUGUGGUACCUCCCCUGAUGAAUCCGAUCAUCUAUACCAUGAGGAACAGGGACAUCAAAGCUGCACUUUGGAAAAUGUUUCAGUGUGGCAUUUGUUCAGGAAGAAAAGCAAGGCUUCCCCUUAUCAGUCUAAUUCCCAGGCGUAAUUUGGCAAAGGGACAAUGA